ACAACCUCUCCUUUUUGUAUCCUGAAAGUCGCUUCGAGGAACGGCGUGGUCCCCAGGGCGACUCGCCGGAUGAACGACUCGGAGCGGAGGACAUUAGUUAGAUCGGGUGCUGUCUUCAUUUUCUGCGUCGAGGAAAGCAACAUCCAGCGUUGGACAGAUGGCAUAAACUGGUCGGCGAGUAGGGUGUUUAGGAACUUUCUCGUCUAUCGGGAGAUCACCCCGGCACACGAUCCUAGUCAGACUACUCCCACUGCGAUCUCUGGCGGUUUGAGCGGUCGAUCUUUCGGGGAGCGGGGUCAAAAUACGGAGGGGGGUUUGGGGCCUCUAAGGCCGAAUGGCCUGUUUAAGAAGUCAACAUCGGCCAUAUAUAACCAGACUAUCACCAUCAACCUGGAAGAGAUGGAAUACCAUGUCAUCUCGUACUACACUGAGGAAGACUUGCGUCGUGGCCGUCUGCACAGACCGACGAUUCGACCCGACAUCAUGGGGUCGACUAUCACACCCGCCAUCGUUCGUGCCGCCAACCUGCGCCACCCUCCUCCGAUUAUGACGGGCGCGAAUGGUCAGGAAUACGUGUACGUCCAUGUCACGAAAGCGCUACUGCAUGGGUCAUCGAUACUCAGUAAGUACUCACAGCUUUGA